GUAUUAUUAAACAUAACGUUUGUUUGUUUGUCUGACAAAAAAAUCAUGUUUUAUUCAUCACUAAUACCGCACUUUGUAUAUCCAUAUUUGGUUUUACUAUUGAAUUGUCUAUUAUUUAAAUCAUUGCGAGUGAUAACACAUACUAUAACACCAAAAUCUAUCGGUUAUCUAAUAACGGAGUUUAUAUCGACACUUGAAUUAUGCAGUGAUUGUGCGGAAUUAGGAGUUGUCUGGGAACUGCACGGUAAUAUUGGUUUCGGUAUUACAUUAUUUUUGUUGUGCCUGUGGUACGCACAGGUGUUUGGCGAAGCCGAGGCCUGUCCUAACGGUCCGAUCGAAGAUUGUCUACUCUUAGGACAAUCGUUUACAUCAAAUGUAUUUUUACAAAAAUUUUUAGGUCAACUUUUAGGUGCAAUAGUUACCGAUAAAUAUAUCAAAUGCAUUUGGUGUUGGCAUCUGAUACCUGAACACUUGCACCUUCAUGUCGACCACUGCGAGGCCUCACUACAGGUAACAGUUGUCUACGGGAUGGCCAUUGAAGCUGCUCUGACCUUCAUUAGUCGUUUAGUGGCACUGGAAUCGGGCAAUUGGUCGGAACAGGUAUCCAAAUAUGUCAACUCAUUUACGUCGACCGCUCUCGUAUUGUAUGCUUUGACAACAACCGGUGGCUUUUUCAACCCAAUACUGGCGUCGGCCCUAACACUGAACUGUAAGGGAAAUACACUUUUCGAGCACUUGUCGGUCUAUUGGAUCGGAUCGUUGAUCGGUUCACUAAUGGCCCGAUCCGUGUAUAUGUUUAUCUUAAGACGAGAAACUAAAGAUAAAAGUGACUGA